AUGAAACUUCAAAUUAAUGGAAAUAAUAGUACAUUCACUGAUCAAAUAGUGGCUGAUAAUAUAAUUAUAGAGUAUUUUCUAUAUUAAUAUGAUUAGUUAAUUAGAAAUCAAAUAAAUGAAUCUCAAAACUGAAGUGGAGUCAUAUCUAAAGUUAUUCUUUUAGAGAAUAAAUCAAUAAGUUAAAAGGUUUAUUAGAUUAUAAUGA